AUGCCUCAGCGGCAAGAUGAUGAAGAUAAAGUGCUGAUGGGAACACGCAUAUCAGAGGGGCACCGUAACUAUGUCUUGAUGUAUAAUAUGUUAACCGGCAUCCGUAUUGCCGUCAGCCGAGUGACGGCCAAGAUAGAUAGAGAACUAACGGAUCAAGACUUUACUGCAGCCCAUAAACUAGCCUUUGACGUCAUUGGUGAUGAAUUGACUCCAGGUGCAAAAUACGACUUCAAAUUCAAAGACUAUGCUCCUUGGGUGUUUCGUCACUUAAGAGAAAAGUUUGGAGUUGAUCCUGCGGAUUAUUUGAUUUCAUUAACGAGUAAAUAUAUCCUGAGUGAACUUGGAUCACCUGGUAAAAGUGGAAGUUUCUUUUAUUACUCAAAGGAUUAUCGUUUUAUUAUCAAGACGAUUCAUUAUACUGAACAUAAAUUUAUGAGAAGCAUACUAAAGGAAUAUUAUCAUCAUAUCUGUGAUAAUCCAAGUACUCUCCUGUGUCGACACUAUGGCUUACAUAGAAUUAAACUUCCUCAUGGAAGAAAGAUUCAUUUUGUUGUCAUGAGCAACGUCUUUCCUCCAAACAAAGAUAUUCAUGAAACCUACGAUUUGAAGGGUUCCACUCUAGGUCGAUUCUUACCAGAAGAAGAAAUACGCAAGAACCCUUAUGCGGUCAUGAAAGACUUGAACUGGGAAAAGAGGGAACGAAAGCUCCAAUUGGGUCCACAAAAGAGAAAACUGUUCAUCAGUCAACUCGUUCGAGAUGUGACAUUACUGUCUCAACUCAAUAUCAUGGACUAUAGCUUAUUAGUGGGUAUCCAUGAUAUGCUCAGAGGUAACAAGGACAACAUCCGUGAUGCAACCCUACAGACCUUCCAGCCUCAUACAAAAUCCAUCCAACGAAGGAUCACUCAGAUGAGACGUAGAACGAGUAAAGCACAGGUGGUUCGUAGGGCUAUUGCUGAAGCCAAUCCAAAUAAACUAGACGCUUCACAAUUACCAGAAGAGGCUCAAGAACGUCGUAACUGUGUAUUUUACUCUGAUGAAGGCUGUCUCCAAGCAACAAAUGAACAAGAUCAGCCCUUACCUGUUCUGUACUCCCUUGGUAUUAUUGAUAUCCUGACACCAUAUGAUCUCAAGAAAAAAUCAGAGCAUGUUUACAAAUCCAUGACGGUCCAGGACAAGACCGCUAUCUCCGCCGUCAGGCCUACUCAAUAUGGCCAACGUUUUCUAGAAUUUAUGGCCCGUGCUGUGCUGGAACAUAACGAAGAUAUACCACAUGAAUAUAAACUGAAAUCAAGGUCAAGGCAUUUUUUUAGAUAA